AGUUAGUCGAACUUGCGACUUCGUAGCGGCUCGGUUAUAGAGCGUUGCUACCCCAUUUCACUACCCCUCCUAAUUUAUUUUUGAAUUCAGUUUGCGAAUUUGUUUUCUUAGUGCGCGUGUUAUAAACUAGUGACAGUUAAUUUUAUUUAUUUAUAGUUUUAAUAUAGUGUUUUUUGUAGUGUUUUAAUUUUCAGUUCGGACUAUUUGACUUUUCGAGUGGUAUUUUUUCUUAUAAUCGCCUUUGAAGGACUUUAAAGGGAUUCUAAACGAGGAAUGACAGUUUACAUAUGUUGUCGACUAUGGCCACUGUCACUUCUGGUCUCAUAUCACCAAAUUCCUUCGGUCUGAAUUCUGAUACAAUCAAAAUGGCAACCGACAACGUGGACAACUAUUCUCGCUAUCACGAUCAAGAACCAUUCGAUUCGAACGCAAAUACCAGCGAUUCAGAUCAGGAUAAUUACGUGGCUUCACCAAAGAACGAACUACCCAAAAGGAACAAAAGAAAAAAUUUCAAACCGCGUUGUUCGAACACAACUUAUUUCGAUAAUAAUGAAGCGUUGAAUUUGAGCGAAUUCAACGAUAACAAUAAUGUCAACAACAACGUUAGGCGACGUAAAACUCUAUCGACGAGAAAACUCGUAAUCGAUCCGAGAUUCAGUCCGAUGGAUCUGAGUAAAAACAACGAUAGCGAAACGAAUAGCGAUUCGGAUUCGAAUGAAAAUUAUCCGAAUUCAGAUUACGAAGCUAACGAUAAUAGUAGCGAAAACGAUUCCAAAAUUCCUCCGAGUUUUUCCAUUCACAAUCUUUCCAAACCACACGUGCCGGAUUUCACGCAAAAUCCACCGCAUUUGAGUCAAGAACAAGUCAUAGAAAUGAGACAAUACGCCAUGAAUACCAUGAGGGAAUUGCUGGGGAUUUACGGGUUAACCUCGGAGGUUGCCGAAAGUAUUAGUCGACAAUUACCAAUGGCUGCGUUCAGUACAGGAAAAAUCUUUGAAAAUUUCACGUUGAACCCCCCGCCUAAAAAAGAAGGUACUCCUCCGUCUCAACCGCCCACUCCCCCAUCUACCCCCUUAUCGCCAAAAUCCAGCGACAAUACCCAAAAAUUAUCAAACAUUCCUACGACACCUACACUAAAUUAUCCCACGUCACAAUCUAGUCAAAGAUUACCUCAAUUAACCCCGAUUACCUGCCAAAGUUCACCCUUAAAUUUGAUCGGUAAGAAACCGCCACAUCAAAUAUCUAAAAACGGCAGCCUAUCCCAUUCGCCGGACAUGCUGUAUACCAGCGCGGAAAUUGAAGCCAUCCGGAAAGUUAACGAAGAAGUAAACAACGCGGAAAAGAUUUCUUCUAGUGGAAGGGGUAUUUUUCCUACAAAUUACCUUCCAUUUUCUCAAUUAACAAAGACUGAAUCUUCAAGCCCUCCUCCACUAGAUCCGAAUCCGCUAAAUGCAAUGAUGGCGCAAUCUUUGGCACCAACAACGCCUAGAGAACCUCUAGCGUCGAAUCAACUUUUAAAUAAAACAACCAGUCAAAUGGACUAUUCUAAAUACGUCAAGAAAUUCUCGUCUUCUUUGGAAUGCGGAAGCACAUACUGUAAAGAUCUAAAUUACAGAGAACAUUUUCAUUGUUUGGACUGCAAUUCGAGGGUAUUUAUAAAAAAAGAGGAGAUGAUUCGUCAUUUCAAAUGGCACAAAAAACGAGACGAAUCCCUACAGCACGGGUUCAUGAGAUACAGCCCGUUAGACGAUUGCGGAGACAAGUUCGCAAAUUGUACCCACAACAAAAAACAAACACACUACCACUGCAUAAAAGAAGGAUGUGAUAAGGUGUAUAUAUCGACAUCGGAUGUACAAAUGCACGCUAAUUACCAUAGAAAAGAUUCGGCAAUUAUACAGGAGGGUUUCCAAAGGUACCGAGCGACAGAAGAAUGCGGCGCAAGUUACUGCGCGUUUUUCGGACAAAGAACUACACAUUUUCAUUGUAGGAGAAGCGGUUGUAGAUUCACUUUCAAAAAUAAGAGUGAUAUGGAAAAGCAUAAAUCUUAUCAUAUAAAAGACGAGCAAUUAUCCAGGGACGGUUUUAAAAAAUUUAUGAAAAACGAAUCGUGCCCUUUCGAUAAUUGUCGUUUUUCGAAAGUAUGCAACCACAUCCACUGCAUCCGGCCGCAAUGCAGCUACGUCCUACACAGUUCCGGUCAAUUAUUUUCCCACAAACGUAAACACGAACGUAAAGAUUCGGAAUUAGCGUACAGAAAAUACAAAUUAGCGCAAAGUAUGUUAAAAACUUUAACCGACGGUAACGUAGCGCCACCUAUGAAUUUCCCUCGAGACUACGAGGCCCAAAUCGACAGUUUAAACUUAUCCAUGUACAACCAAUCGAACAUGUCGAAUACGGAGAGUUUAAGCGAACGAAACUCCCCGGUAAGUUACGAAGAAUCCGAAUCGUUUUCGGCGAUCGAUUUAAGCGCCAACGAAUCGAAUUUCGGCCAAGAAGACGCCGUGUCGUUCAACAGCGACGAUUUUUGGAGAAAAUAUUGUCAAUUCGUACCGGAAAAUCAAUGUCCGAACGAUAAAUGCGAAUUUAUGUACGCGGAUCAUUUCCAUUGUUUCGUGGAAAAUUGCGAAAUGGCGUUCAAUUCGAAAGAAUCGGCCAGAGAACACGCGAGAAAUCACGAACAACAAGAAACGAUCACCGAUAAUUAUUUUACGACGGUGACGGUACAAAAUGGAGGUUGCGAAGAAAAUUGCGUUUAUCAGGAUAAGGAGAAACAUUAUCAUUGCAAUUGGGAAAGUUGCAGGGAGGUUAUUUUGCCUAUGGAUAAGCCGUUUAGGCGUUUGGAGCAUUACAAAAUGCACGAAUAUUCGAAAAAACUCAGUUUAACUAAAGAUCCACUGACGAUGACGCAUCUGUCUAGUAGCAUCGACGGUAUGUUCUGCAGGAAAAGAGGUCGGCCGCCCAAAAAUAGGGUCAUCGAAGUUUGGAACGAUUACAAUCAUCCGAUGGGUACUCAAAACCUCAUGGACAGUCCUCAAGCUAUUUUCACGAGUUUCAAAUUACCCAAACCGUCAGCAGCUCCAUCUAGUAGCAAAGAAACAGAACAUCCGGAUUCAAACGAUGACAGAUCGAGCACUCACAGUCCAACGCCUCAAGAUUAUUCUUUACAAGGUUUCGACAUUUUCAACGAAAAUACGAAAUGUUCAGAUAAUUUAUGUCCGUAUUUAGGCGCAACGCAUUUCCAUUGCGUCCAAAACAGGUGUCUUUACGUCACCAAUAAAGAAGACGCUCUUCUUCUACACGCGAAAGAUUUUCACGACAACGUCGAUAUAUUAGACGGAUUCGAAUUUUACGACAGAAAUGUAGAUUGCCGGCUUUCUAAUUGUCCUAGCAAUAAAAUAAACAGGCAUUUUCAUUGUACGAGGCCGAAUUGCAACUAUUCGUUCGUACAAUAUUCCGCGAUGGCGAUUCACAAUCAAAUACACGCCGAAGACACGAUUCAAAGUAAUCAACCCAAAGCUGAAAUACGAGUCAAAAGCGAAGCGCAGUUAACCGAACAAAAACCGGAAAUAGCCGAUGGCCACUUCAAAGCUAUGAACUUGAGUCAGAGUUCAGAUAGCAACAAAGUUUCCGUGGUGAAGGCGUCAGGGACUUUCUAUCCUUUAUCUACACUGACAACAGAAAUUCAAAAAUUGCCAGAAUAUAAAACUACUGUUUCAGAACCGUCUAAAUUACACGAAAGUAUCCCGCAAGCAGCAGGUAGUAACACCCUGUACGGCCCUGAACUGAGUUGUUCUAGACCUUUCUGCAAAUUAAAACGCAAAUACCACUACCACUGCAACGCUUGCAACCAAGCCCUUAGCGAACUAGAUAAAUUAUUAUCUCACGUAGCUAAACACAGUAGUGGAGCUUUGAACAGUCAAACUCAAGAAGAAUUUUCCCCGCAAUCGUUUUCCCCGCCGUCUCCGCAAACCCCGACGACAUCAACCCCGUCCAAACCUUCCACGGAAAGCAAAAUCACCGUCGCUCCUCUCCAAUCCCUACAAAACCCCCAAAUCAAUCAACAAAAAGAAUCCCAUGAAACUUAUUUACCACCAACGUUUGACGCCUACAAUCAUUUCAGUAAUUUCCCCGCUAAUCUUCAGUUUGCGAUCAUGUCUCAACAACAACAAAUUCAAAACCCUUUCUUACAACAAAGCAUCUACCAAAAUUCCCAGUUGAUGUUCCAACAUGCCCAACUCAUGCAAAGUCCCCUUCUGACUCCUCAAUCCCCGUACCCAGGCGAAAAUCUCACGAGUCCUCUCGCCGCCAUGGCGGCCAAUUUGAAUAAAAGAUCCAUGAGUCCUCACGAUAUAUCUCCCGAAGCUAAAAAGGCGCGUAUUCAAAAUUCGAUGAGGAUUUUGAAAGACGAACCGGUACCUGAAGGAUAUUUGAGAUUUAGAUUUAACGAAGAUUGCCAGUAUCAACAUUGCGGAUACAGGGAACACCAGACGCACUUUCAUUGUCAAAGACAAGAUUGCGGGUACAGUUUUUGUGAUAAAACUCGUUUCGUUCAACAUACUGCUAGACACGAAAGACUUGAUACGCUUAUGGGAGGUGAUUUCCAACAAUAUAGAGCGAAUGUACCAUGUGGUAGAGUCGACUGCGCUUAUACAGCUAAUCUAGGAGCAACUCAGAAUAAAGCUUCCCAUUUCCAUUGUUUAAAAUGCGACUUCGUCUGUACUGAUACGAAUAAAGUGGUUGCCCACAGACGUCAACACCAAAAAUUAGAUUCGAUCCAAGCGGCAGGUUUCGAAAAAUUCACUCCGAGUCAAAUCUGUAGGGUACCGAACUGUCAACACAGUGGUAAACAAACGCAUUAUCAUUGCCUGCAGUGUCAGUACGCAGUACUGGGUCUAGCACAAAUGUCUGCACACAAGUACAGACAUAUGGAGUGAAUUUGUGUAAAUAUAUUAUAUUAAUUUAUGAGGUGAGUUUAUUUAUUACUUUGAAUGCUGGUAAAUAUAAUUAUUAAAUUAUGAUAUUUUAUAUAGUUUUAUAUAUACAGGGUAAUGUUUGUUUAUUUAAAAAAAAUUUGUACUAAAAUAAUAUAUCCAAUUAUUAUUAUUCUGAAUUUUAUUACGAAGAUAAUAACAAGCAUUUCUUGUAAUAUUGAAACAUAUAUAAAUCGAUUUUUAAUCGUAUAUCAGUGAAGUAUAUAUAUUGUAAAUAAUUUUUGUACAAACCAAACGAAAUUUUCCAUUUUGUAAAUUUCUUGUAAAUACUUGAAAAAAGGGCAAUAACUAUCUCAGAAAACAAAAUAUAUAUUGAAAAACUCUACUUUCAAGAAUAGGGUCAAGAACUGAAUAAAACUAAAAGUUGUUACAAAAAAAUGAAUUGUAAAGUACUAAUGAUGUAUUUACUUUUUAAAAAAAAACAGUAUUGUGUAGUUUAACUAACAAAAGUAUUACUUAAAAAUUAAUUUUUUAUUUAUAAUUCAAGCAUAAAAAGGGUAGUUGUAUCAUAAAAAAACUGAACGUAAAAAACUAGUUUCUAUAGAGAAGAAAAUGGACCUUUCCGUUGUGUUCUUCAGCUACUAACAUAUCUGUCACUCGAUAAAAAAAAUAUCUACAUAUACUUCUGAGUAACAUAGAUAAAUGGAAUAAAAAAAUAAUUAUCGAUAAUAAAACUCACUGCACAGCCAAUAUAGUCGAAGAUAUCAGUCUCGUAGCUACGAUAGCAUAAUAUUUAUUUAUGUCAGAACAUAGACAAACUAAAAUUCAAUGGAAAUCAAAUAAUCUAGUGUUGAAUUCAUAUCAAACUUUGUCUCAAUAGAGAACGGCCAUUUUUAUUUUUCUGUGUGGUUUAUGAAGUUAUUUAGACCUUAUUAUUCCCAAUUUUAUCACGAAAUGGCUUCUUAAACAGUUGCUACUGAAGAAACUAGAAAUUGGAACAUUAACUAUUGACACUAAAGGUCACUACGUGACCAAUUUGGUUGAAGACAUCUUCCUGGUAAAUAUAAUAUUUGAAUAUUGCUUUAUGUCAGCACAUAGACAAAUUAGAUUUAAAGGAAAUUAACUGAAUACAUAUUAACUUUGGCUUUGGCCUUUUUCAUUGUAUUAUUCAGCUAUGAACGUAUCUGUCAUUUAGUAUGCAGCUAAUUAAAUAAAUAAAUAAAUUGGAAUAAUAACUAUUAAUACGAAAGCUCACUAGAGAGCCAAUGUAGGUAAAGACUUCAAUCUCAAAACUUUUAUGUCUUAUGUCAGCACAUAAACAACUAAAAUCCUGUAGAAAUCAAGUAAUCUACUGUUAAAUAUAUCAGAAAAUGUUUCACGUUUCGAUAUUAUAUUAUUCGUGUUAUUUCUUUUAAUUACGUUUAUUUUUUAUUGUGGUCGUUUUUUUGUGUACACAAUAACUUCAAAUCUGUAAUGUGUGUUUGUUUAAUAGUAAAUUCGGGUAAGUCUAUGUCUCAUAAACUUUUAUUUUGAUAAAAUUAAAAUUUUCCACACUAGAUUUAUAUGUCACUUAUUCAAGUAACUUUAGAUUAAAAAAUAAAUAAAUAGAUCAAAAUCAAGCAUAUCAAUGAGAUUUUUUUAUUAUUGUUUUUUCCUAUAACUUGUUGUAAAUAAUGAUCUUCAAUUUGAUUGUUUAGUUUCCAAGCAAUGCAACUACACUUUUUAGUUCAGGAAAGUUUGGGUUAAAUUAUGUCUCACGCAAAGACGUUACAACUCAGAGAUCAAAUUUAUACGUGAUAAAUCAUUGAUUAGUUGUGUUUUGUUUUAACUUAAUUUUUAUUUAUAUCCAUAUCAAUCUAAAAACUUCUAGUUAUAAGCAAACUUCCCAUGUUGGGCUGUAAUAUGAUAAAUAAAAAUCAGUUAUUGUUGUCUAUAAGGGCAAACUGCCUUUAUGCUUAUGUGAAACAAUUUAUUUUAGUUCUUUAGUGCUUUUUGUAUCAAAAAUAAAAACAAUUAGAUAAAAAACGUGUUUAUUAAGCAAAAAAAUUGAUUAUUGUGGAGUAAAUUUUUACCUUUAGGUUAACUUACAUUGUUUCCAUUUGAACCAAUUCUUUACACCUGUGGUGGCUGUAUUCACAAUGUUGCCAACCUAUUUAUAGAGAUCUUUUUUUCACUCAUUAAUGAUUAAAAUAUUUUUUCUCUAUGUUGUAAUGUCUGCGGUCUAUCAUUCUACUGUUACUAAAAUCAAUUCUCGUGAGAUAAAUUUCGAACUGUUUCUCGUGCUAGAUAUAAAUAAAUUUUUAUUUUUGUUAAUAUCUUAUUUAAAAAAUUAAUUUAUUCAAAUUAGUAGUAUAUUUUUUAUUUGAAGAAAAAACAUAGGGAUCAAAGUUGGUAAAAAGAAAAAGACAUAGAUUUUAGAGUAGGUGUAUUAGAAAUAGAGGCCUUUUUCUGAUAGUAGUGCCUUAGAGAAGACAUAUAAAUUUUUGUGCCUUUUUUGGUACUUUUUGGUAGAGUAAUUUUUAGAAACAGUUUUUAAAAGAAAUACGUCAUUCCAUAUAUAAAUAAAUAUAUAUACCAAUUGUGCCAUAUUACAGUAUAUAUUUACAAAAUAGAGCAGGUUUUUCCAGAGUUAGAGUAGAUAUAUAUAUAUAGAUUAUAUAACGUGUCAUAUCUGAGGAUCUUUUUUUUCUUUAAUUUAUACUUUUCAUUUUUGUCACAAUUAUUUAUUUUGCAUCUUCGUGUACAUUUUCAUUGUGAAUUAUUUUGCCAUAUUUUUGAAAUAGUUUUUAGUCUUCCACAACGUCGUGACAUUUUUCAAAAUAUUCAAAACCAAAGACAAUAACCUAGUAUGUAGGAACGAAAAUAUUUUUAAAAAAUUUAAUCAAAGUUACAAACGGCACUGAAUUUUUUUGAAAAAUGUCACGAUUUUUUUAAAUGUCUUGUUUUUUUUUGUUCAUAGCUAGUCUUUCUUUUCAUCUUCGCUUUAUUUUAUUAUUUCUUAAUUAUUUUAAAUGUAAUUUUUUCAAUCAUAAAAUGAUUUAAAUAGAAAAUAUUGACUUGAAAGUCGAAAAUUUUUGUAUUAUUGUUUAAGCUAAAUUUGUAUGUUUUAUUAUAUUUUUAUUUACGAGUGUAUUUUAUGUUAAUUCUCUGUGAUUGUAAGAUUUAAAAAAAAUAUCAGUAUUUGAAACAAUCUUUUUUAUUUCACCUUUAAAUAAUUCCUUAUGCAAUGCCAUCGAUAUAAACCACAAAAUUCAGAAUUUAAUAUCAAAGAAUCUAUGUUUUGAUGUUAUCAUUUACUUAUUAAAGUCUACAGAGGCGGAGGCCAAAUCACUAGUAAAAAAAGAAGAAAAAGUAAUAAGAUGAAUAAAUUGAAAUAUGUGAUACAAGUUGUCAUAGAACCAAAAACGAAAUAGGAAUCAAAUUGGGAGAGGUUAAAAAUAUAUUAUAAUAAAGAGCAGACAAAGUUCGAACAAUUAAAAAAUAAAGUUAAUUAUGAAUAGGGUCCAUAGAAAAAAGUUUUUAUAAAUAUCUGUUCUUGUGAACCAACCAAGAAAUCAAAUUUCUUCUUUUUUUGUCUCUAAAUGAUCAUAGAUAAAUAAUAACGAUUCAAACAGCAAUUCAGUUUUAUACUUAAUAAAUAGAAUUCGUUUAUUGGCAUAUUCAUAAAAAUCAAGGAAAAUGUUUAUUAAAUAAGGUGGAUAUUUCAAAUAAACCCAGAUCGUUGGUAAUUCAAUUGACUCAAAGUUUGUGGUUAAUGUGUAUUUAGAUUUAAAUGUUAUUUCUCUAUAGAUUUUAUCAAAUAUACUUUAUGAAUCUUUUCGGAAUUCUUCUUUCAUAUACCAAGUUUCUAGUUGACAGAUAGAAACUACUAACAUAAGUUUUUAGACUUUUGGCCGAAUUAACCUCAAAAAAGCAAUUUUUUGGGUAAAUUAGACUCUAGAGGCAAUAUUUUUCAGAUAAAAUUGAACUUUUGACAAAAUUGAGACAAUUAUUGGGAAAAUUAAGAAUUUAAGUAAUUUCUUCAACCAAUUAGCUCAGAAAAUCCAUUUUAAGAGAGACUUCUGAGAAAAGUCAAUUUUUCACCAAUACGACUUAGAAAAGAAGUUUUUAGACAAAAUCAACAUUUUGGCCAAAUUCAAUUUGCCAAAAACCAAUUUUUCAUCGAGGUGGACUAGGAAAAAAUUUAAAACUCAGAAAAUCAAGCUAUGGACCAAAUUAAAUUCAGAAAAGUAAUUUUUUGAUGAAACAUAUCUAAGGGGCAUAUUUUUUAGAAGAAACUACUGAGCAAAGUCAAUUUUUCAACUUGAAAAUGACAUUUUUAGACCAAAAAAGAGUUUUGGACCAAAUUAUACAUAGAAACAAUUUUUUUUUUUAAUCAAACUUUGAGCCAAAUUAAGAGACAAUCAACAACAACUUUGAACCAUUUCCUGUUCAAAUCUUCUCAGAAAAUCCAUUCUCUGAAGAGACUAAUGAUAAAAGUAAAUUUUCCACCAAAUAAUACUUUGAAAUAACAGUUUUAGAUAAAAUCAAACUUUUGGCCAUAUCAAGACAAAUAUUGGGAAAAUGGAGAAUUUAAGUGAUUUUUUGAGCCAAUUGAAAAAUUACUGAAAAAAGUCAAUUUUCCACUGAUUAGGACUUUGAAAUAACAUUUUCAGACCAAAUUAACCCCAAAAAAGCAAACUUUUGAUCAAAUUAAAUAUAGAACAAUUUUUUGCCAAAUUAGUUGACAGUUGUCAAGAAAAAACAAUUUUUCACCGUUUUUCAGAGACACUUUUUACAAUUCGAAAAAACCAUUUUUAGGUCCAAAUUAAAUUAGGAAAAGCCAAUUUUUGGGCUAUUUUUUCAAAAUAAUAUAUUAUAUAAUUUAUUAAAAUCAGGCCAAAAGAGACUUCUGAUAAAAGUCGAUUUUCCACCAAAUAGGACUCUGAUAUUUUUCCACUAAAUCAAAAUUUGCACUA